GCCGGAAGCCCGCCCGGCCGGAGUCUCGGUGGCGAGUCGCGGCGCGGCCGAGGGGCUCCGCGCGGGAGCGUUUCCGGGGGCUGCGCCGCCAUGAGGCUGGCUCCGCGCGCGCUGUGCAGCGCCGCCCAGGCCGCCUGGCGGGAGAAUUUCCCUGUGCUCGGUCGCGACGUGGCGCGCUGGUUCCCGGGCCACAUGGCCAAAGGGCUGAAGAAGAUGCAGAGCAGCCUGAAGCUGGUGGACUGUAUCAUCGAGGUCCACGAUGCCCGGAUCCCACUUUCAGGCCGCAACCCUCUGUUUCAGGAAACUCUUGGGCUUAAGCCUCACUUGCUGGUCCUCAACAAGAUGGACCUGGCGGAUCUUACAGAGCAGCAGAAAAUUAUGCAACGCUUAGAAGGAGAAGGCCUAAAAAAUGUCAUUUUUACCAAUUGUGUGAAGGAUGAAAAUGUCAAGCAGAUCAUCCCGACGGUCACUGAACUGAUUGGGAGCAGUCACCGCUACCAUCGAGGAGAGAACCUGGAGUACUGCAUCAUGGUCAUUGGGGUCCCCAACGUGGGCAAGUCCUCUCUCAUCAACUCCCUCCGGAGGCAGCACCUCAGGAAAGGAAAAGCCACCAGGGUAGGCGGCGAGCCUGGGAUCACCAGAGCUGUGAUGUCCAGAAUUCAGGUCUCUGAACGGCCCCUGAUGUUCCUGCUGGACACUCCUGGCGUGCUGGCUCCUCGGAUCGAAAGUGUGGAGACAGGCCUGAAGCUGGCCCUGUGUGGAACAGUGCUGGACCACCUGGUGGGGGAGGAGACCAUGGCCGACUACCUGCUGUACACCCUCAACAAAUACCAGCGCUUUGAGUACGUGCAGCACUACGGCCUGGGCAGUGCCUGUGACAACAUAGAGCGCAUACUGAAGAGCGUGGCCGUGAAGCUGGGGAAGACGCAGAAGGUGAAGAUCCUCACGGGCACCGGUGACGUGAACGUUAUUCAGCCUGACUAUCCUGCGGCAGCCCGUGACUUCCUCCACACCUUCCGCCGCGGGCUGCUGGGCCCCGUGAUGCUGGACCUCGAUGUCCUGCGGGGCCACCCCCCGGCUGAGACUGUGUCCUGAACCUGUUGCAAGGGGGAAGGCACCGGAGGCCUGUGGCCUCCCAGCCUCCUGACCGGGGUGGUUGAGUUUCAGGACAGCUCCCCCGGUCCAGAAGCUCCACGCUGGCCACUAGGGUGCUGUGCUCUCUGGCGCCCCCAUGGCCUGGUCAGCUCCAGGGGCCCUGGUUCCAGGGGUGGAGCGGGUGGGAGUGGACACCAGGCUUCCCAGUCGGCUCUCGAGCAGCCCCACAUGCUUGGUUCUCCCGGAGCUUCUUGCCCAGUGCCUCCGUCCCAGGAAGUUAUGACCUGUAACCUUUAAAAUCUCCAAUUAAAGGGCCUGUUUGUUACUGGUCAGGGAGGUG